CCUGGUGCUGCUGAGAGCCCCGCCGCCCACCGCAGCACCCCUGGGAAGGCGGGCAGCUGCGAUCGACGAGCUCGGCCGCUCGGCAGAGGGCCCUGCUCGGCGGUGCGGAGUGCGACUGUCUCUCCCGGAAGCGGGGCGCUUGUCACCGUUGUUGGGGGGAGGAGGAGGCGGCGGCGAUGGCGGCGGCGGAGCAGCUCUAUCCGCGGAGCUCCAUCGAAGAUGACUUCAACUAUGGCAGCAACGUGGCCUCGGCCAGCGUCCACAUCCGCAUGGCUUUUCUACGGAAAGUCUACAGCAUUCUUUCCAUUCAAGUUCUUUUGACUACAGUCACGUCUGCAAUUUUUCUGUACUCUACUGGAGUGCAGGCAUUUGUUCAUGAAAGGCCUGCCUUGCUUUUGAUAUCUGGGUUUGGAUCUUUGGCUAUAAUUGUGGCACUAACCCUCUACAGACACCAGCAUCCUGUUAAUUUAUACCUGCUUUUUGGAUUUACCUUACUGGAAGCACUGACAGUUGCUAUUACAGUGAGUUUCUAUGAUGUGUCCAUCGUCCUGCAAGCCUUUAUUCUUACUAGUGCUGUAUUUCUUGGACUGACUGCAUAUACCUUGCAGUCAAAGAAAGACUUCAGCAAAUUUGGAGCAGGCCUCUUUGCUUGUUUGUGGAUUUUAAUCUUCUCAGGUUUCUUGAGGCUGUUUUUCUACAAUGAGACAAUAGAGUUGGUGUUUGCUGCUGCAGGAGCUCUUCUGUUCUGUGGAUUUAUUAUUUAUGACACUCAUUUGCUGAUGCACAAAUUAUCCCCUGAAGAGUACAUACUGGCUGCAAUCAAUCUCUACUUGGACAUCAUCAAUCUGUUCUUACACCUGCUGCGCUUACUGGAGGCAUUUAAUAAAAAAUAGUCAAAGGCAGUGUGGUUUGACUACAGCAAAUAUAAAGUUAAGCGUUUGGAUGAUCUGCAUACUGUGUGGUUCUGUCUUCUAGAGACUGAAUCUUUAUGACUUUUUCAUUCCAUGAAUACUGAUCUCUCCUUAGGAAAAAAAAAGGCGCUUUUAUGUAGCUGAACUUCUUCUCUAGAAUAUAUAUUUUAUGUAGUAAACAUGCCGCUGCCAUUUCAGUCAUUUUUUUACUCACUUAAUUUGCACUUGACAUGAUUCACAAUUAAAACAUUUGCCAACUUCUUAUUGCUCCAGAGUAAGCCCGUCUCUGCUAUUCUGUAGCUACUGGAAAUGAUUCCUUUGGGAUUGUGAGUGUGCGUGCUUCGUAAGAGUAGCCUGAGUUUAUUAUCAUGUGAUGUUUUACCAAGCUAAAUUUUUGUUCUAGUUUUUGUGUGGUAGGAUGGAAUGCUGUUUCUAACAGAGGUACUCUGUUCUUGUUAAGGGUGGUCAGAUUAUUGUGUAAGCUUGUAAGGGUGUUAAAUAAAGGGAAUGUUCUUCUUUUAAGCACUAUUUAUUGCCUAUCUUUCAAGUGGAGAUGGAUUAUGGCAUUUUAUCAACUUGUGUAUAUUAAGGUUAAUUGUAAAUAAAAAUUGGAAAACC